UUUUAAAUAAAUUUUUCCGGAAGAUUGAACUCAAAGACGUUUCAACGCAAAAACAAAAGAAAAUAUUUCUUAUAUUUUUUUCUCUUUAGGUUGUGUACAAAUGAAAUACAUCUCCCAGGAGGAAGGACUGAAAAUGAACGUAUCCUAUGGGGAAAUUCUUUUGCAUAGCCAGGAGGUGAAGGGGCCUGAUCCUGAUGCGACAUGCAUGGCCCUACUAACGAACAUCGCUGUAAUUUGUGCCCGGUUUUCGAAUUUGUUACCAUACAACGACGGUCUUAGGGGGUGUUUAGCUCUUGAGCCUAAGUUAUUGAAAGCCGUAGCAGCCACUUUUAAAAUAGGCUGUUUUACUAUGGGACCACAGGGAAUGUCUUUGGAGAAAAGGAAUGCUAGUCUGCCAGAUAUAGACUUCGGUGGAAAUGUAACCGAACCAGCUCAGAACCAGACCGAAUCCCAAAUCAUCACUGGAGACUUACUAACGGUUGUUAACGAAACAGCCGAACAAGGUCUAGAAUUUCUGGGCAAUCUAUUUGGUCUAGCUUUCGGCGAGUCACCAGAGACAGUAGACAAAAAUAACGAAACUACAAGUCAAGCUGGUCCUUCGGAAAGUGAAAUUGUAUCGGCUAACAGCACCUCCUCGUAAAGCUAGUAACGAUGCUGAACUUUAUUGAUUUAUCUCCUUCGGGCUUUCACGAAAAAUUCUCAAAAACGGCUGAAAAUGUUUGAGAAACACUUGAAUAUACUAGCAUCUGGAAUACGAGGGCACCACCACCAUGAAAUGUUAUUUUAAGUUGUUUGUAGGACAAACCAAUUUAGACUUUUCACACAAUUUUUAAUGAAUAUUUCCUCAAAUAUUUUAGUUUUAGUAUAUUGUAACUACUCAAAAUGAUUACAUUUAGCAUCUGUUAUAACAACUUUUUGUGAAGAAAGACGAUUAUUAUUUACAAUCUCUGUUGUUAAAUUUUCUAUUAUUCCUUUGAAUUCAGAUCUGCAUUAAACCUCCGAAAUUUGGCUUGUCUUUGAGUACAGGAACAGCAAUAAAUUUGAACUGAGAUUUGAACUUUCAGUGAAUAAUUAAAUUGUAUAAAUUGUUCCCUCUUGGAAUAUUUAUU